AUUAACACUUAAACUACCAAGGCUCCAAAAAAAGUCGGAAGUCCAACUUCGACAAGGCAUGUCUCGGCCGUUUUUCAACCGAUUUAAAAACUUUUUUUGCGAUGGAACCGGACAGGUUUCAAGAACAGCGUCCAUUUUAAAGAUUUUUUAUAGAUACGUCUACCCAAAGUUAAGCAAAAGGCACUUCCUAGUUUUUUUUUGAAAGCGCAUUUUUUGCCCACUUUGAUCAAUAAAAUAAAAUUUAAAGUGAUGACAUAUAGUUUUUUCGACCCUAAAUCAUGCAUACAGCCGGGGUGAACAUGUUUAUGCAAAAUAAGUGAUUUUUCAGUACACUGAUAUUUUAAUUUACUGAAAAAACUGCUAAAAUACCCUAUUUUUCACAUAAAAUAAGAAAUUAAUUUAAAUUCAAAGCGAUGACAUAUAGUUUUUUUGUUCUUAAAUUGUUCGUAGGAUUGUACUGGACGUUUUUGACGAACAAUAAAAAUGUUCUCAUUACACUCUUAUUUUGAAAUACCCGAAGAACUACGAAAAUUCCAUAUUUUUUUCACAAAGUAAUCAAAUCAAAUUAAAAGGAUAGCUUGUAGUUUUUAGCUUUGAAUUGUACUUAGUAGUUUGGGGGACAUAUUUGAAGAAUAACAGUGAUGUUUUCAUUACACUCAAAUUUUGGUUUACUCAAAAACCAUCGAAAGUCCCACAUUUCUCACACAAAGUGGUUAACAAAUAAAAAUGGUCUGCAAUGCAUUGUAGUUUUUUGCCUUGAAAUUAUCCGUAACAGAGUUCAGGACAUAUUUGAUGAACAAAAGUCACGUUUUAUGACACUCUUAAUUUAUUUUACUUAAAAAGCUACAAAAAUACCAUAAUUUUCAUACAAAAUAGUCAAUAAACCAAAAUUUAAAGUUAUAACACUAAUUACUAAUUACACUAAUGUUUUGUUUAAUCAAAAAAUGUACGAAAAUAACACAUUUUUACACAAAAAAGCCAAUAAGCUAAACUCUAAAGCAAUGACAUGUAGUUUUUAUAUUUUGAAUUUAUCGUAGUAGUUUAGUGGAUUUAUUUGAACAAUACUAGUGAUGUUUUUUAUAACACUCAUAUUGUAACGACACGAACCGCGGCUCUGGCGACACUGCCAUAGACCUAUCGUCCGAUCGUACACGAUCAAAAGUUGUCAUCGUAGAUGACUCGCACAAUCACUAUAAAGUCAUAAAAUAGCAAGUGAAUGGACGAGGAAAUGUGCAUCUUGUUUAUGUGAGGAAUAAUUUGUAAAUUUAUUUCGAGUGAAUUUGAUAACCUAAUUGAACUCAACUAAUUAUAUACCUACUUUUUACAGUGCUUAACCCUAUCUAGUAUUUGAACCUAAAUCUAUCGUGCAUUUAUGUUAAAAAUCUGUAUCCUAUUGAGUAGAAAAACUACCUACAAAAGUCCGUAUACGUUAGAUAAGACCCUUUCAAAUCAUUAACUGAACACCAAACAUGUAAGUUACCAAAAAUUAUCCUUAAUAACAUCAGCUAAAUAAAGUUUUUUUGUAGCUUAAAGCGCACAGACAAUUGGAUCGUGUUUGCUAUCAUAGAUUGGUGAAAUCUAACCCCACAAAAUCUUUAAGAUAUUUGUAUGAGGGAGAUGAUGGAAGGACAUCAUAACGUGACAGGCUUCAAUUGCAAAAGGUGCCACCGGCCGGAUUCGGCAGACGAACAGAUGGUCGCAUGCGAUGUAUGCCAUGAGUGGGAGCACUUUACAUGCGCUAGCGUCGAUGGAAGCAUAAAGGAUCAACCGUAUUUAUGUAGUGUGUAUAAGCCGAAGAAAACUGGAGCUAAGGCCAAGGAGUCGCUAAAGCCACCAGAGAAGAACGACAAGAAAUCUUCUAAAGCGUCGUCGAAGAAAGCCUCCGCGAAGGUCAACUCACCUCCUUCGACCGUAAGUUCGGCUACCCGGAUGGCUAUGCUGGAGGCGCAGAUGAAAUUGCUGGACGAACAGGAGCAGCAGCAGAAAUUGGAUCUAGAAGCGGAAGAAGAAUUGAAGAAGCGCGAAUUGGAAGAAGCUCAACGACAGUUGGAAGAGAAAAGGAAACUCUUGGAGGAAGAGCAUCGUUUACGCGAAUUGAAGCUUCGGGAAGACAAGGAGAUCCUGGAGAAACGAAAGAUUAUGAGGCAGCAGUCCAUGGACAAGAAGAACGAAUUACUAAAGCAGAUGUCCAAAUGCAGCAGCAAGUCCAGUUCGAAUAUGGAUUCGAUUGAGAAAGUGUCAUCGUGGCUGGCGAAACAAGAGGAACUACCGCCACCCCCGGCCGAGCCACUAGUCCACUCUACCAAGCCACUCCCCGCGUUGACUCAUGCAGCUAGCACAUCGGCGCAAAUUCUGCCACCAAUUCCAACUAGUUCGGCAGCACUCGCCCCAACGGCAUUUUCUAGAGCAGAGCCGAGCUCCUCGGCGCCUCCACAAAUGCCAUUUUCCCUUCCCGCCACCGAUCAGCCCAAUGUACCAACGUUUCAAACACCGCAUGCGGUGAUCAACGUGUUGCCAAUAUCGCAGAUACCCGUUUCAGCGGCCACAGCGCAUUUAUCUCCACCAACACAGCACGCCUACCCUCCGGCCGUUCAACCAAUGGCGUCAAUCCUGGCGCCGAAUCCGUCGUUGUUCGCUUCAGCAGGCAACGAAGUUGGUCAAUCGCACCUUUUCUCAGUGGGUAAUCCGCUCGCGUCGCCCGGAGUCCCUGUAGUAUUGAGCACCAAUCAGCUGGCAGCGCGGCAAGUUCUAGGGAAAGACCUGCCCAAGUUCAGUGGCCGACCAGAAGACUGGCCUCUCUUCAUAACGACCUUCGAGCAGUCCACAUUAGCAUGUGGAUAUACCGACGUGGAAAAUUUGAUCAGCCUCAAGAAAUGUCUCGAGGGCAACGUGCUGGAGUCCGUUCGCAGCAAGCUACUUCUCCCCUCCAGCGUACCGCACGUUGUCCAAACUCUACGGACCCUCUACGUACGACCCGAGCUGCUAAUCCGGUCCUUGCUGGAGAAAAUUCACCACGUUCCGAUGCCAAGGUACGACCGGUUAGAAACGGUGAUAGAAUUCGGAAUAGCGGUUCAAACUUUGGUUGAUCACCUAGUUGCAGCAGGCCAGAAUGUACUCAAAUCCGGCACUCAUGCAGGAGUUGGUGGAGAAAUUGCCCGGAACGAUGAGAAUGGAGUGGGCUGUCUAUAAGUCUCGGCUUCCAGUAGCCACGUAGCAAUCCUUUGGAGACUUUAUGUCGAGAAUGGUAGCGACGGCGAGUGAAGUUUCGUAUGAACUUCCUACGCUUGAUCGGUUCGGCAAGAUCGACAGGACGAAACCUAAAAACAAAGGCGCCAUGCUCACUCAGCGGAAUCCUCCACUACUUCAACGUAAUCUACCUCGGUGGUCAAAACUGGGAAAUCGAUCGAACCAUGCCUGUGUUGCAGUCGAGUAAUCCAUAGACUGGUGGACUGUAGCCGGUUCAAAUCCCUGAACGCUCACGAUCGUUGGAAACUGGCGGAACAGAAGGGCCUGUGUCGGACUUGCCUGAAUAAUCACGGAAAGUGGCCUUGUCGUUCAUGGAAAGGGUGCGAAGUUGAAGGUUCCCGUCAUAAGCACCACACUCUUCUCCAUGGUACAGCGUUGAGUUCGCAAUCUACUGGAAUGUCAGCAAGCCAUUUAUCGAUCGGUCAGUUCUGCAUGUUCCGGAUAGUUCCAGUCGUGUUGCACGGAAAGGGGAAGGACAUGCUGAUCUUCGCGUUCAUUGAUGAAGGCUCCUCGGAAACACUCAUCGAAGAGGCAGUGGCCAAGUAAUUAGAGGUUUUCGGCCCGAUCGAAUCGUUAACGCUACACUGGACCGGAAGUGUAUCUCGAGAGGAAUCUAACUCACAGCGAAUACAGUUGGUCGGCGUUAAGUCAGACCGGACCAUCUGUUUUUCGACGAUUUCAGAAAAAUGCCCUGCCUAAACUUGUGAUGUCAAAUGUAGUACAUUUUUAUCGGGAAUACUAUAGUUUCUUUAUGUAACGAAACAUCUGUAUCAAAAUAAUGACGGAAAGCUCAAAGUUUUUGAAAUGCUUCGCUUAUUUUUACCUAUCGAAAAAAUUGCGUAGUCCACUCUGACCGAACGCCGACCAGUUGAAGAUUGCAGCAAAAAACAGCGCAGUUUGCCAUGACCUUCACAAUGUGCGAACAGUCCCAACUAACAAUCGCCAACUGCAAACAAGCAUGCAUGCUGAAUUGUUGCUUUAUAAUAGUAAUUAUAGCUGAACUAAAAUUAUGCUGUACACUUAACUGUACAAUCCGAGCAGAAGGGCAUACCUUACAAAUACCAUGCGAAGAGCAACAUGUACUCUAAUACCUAAAAUUGUUAUUACUGCGUUAUUCUACGAAAUGUUAUGAGAACAUCACAAUAACAGUUAGAGGUAUUUGAGCAGAAUUUGGUAUUGAUGUAGUAUUUGUUGGUUCAGCAGUGAAAAUAAUCGAAGAGCAAGAUUUGCUAUUACAUCAUGAAGUCAUCGAAGAAAUAAAACAUUUGAUAACAAGAAAUAUUAUUAGUUUGUUAUUCAAUAACUUUGGAAUAACAAAUACAGUACUUGAAAUUAUAGGUAUGCAUUCAUUUCAUUCAUUUCAUUUCUUUAUUAGAAUCAGUAACUUAAGACUAUCUGUCUUAUCUAUGCUACAAUGUUUAUAACGUAGAAGCAGUGCCACAUUCUAAAUAUUUAAUUCCAUACAUUUGCUUUCUACUACACAAUCGUCAAAAAAAUAAUAAACAUACUCAAUAACUCAACAAACUUAACUAAAGUGCUCAAAACAUCUUCUUCUGAAUCUCAUUCUUGAUGGCUCAUUCGUUAGAUCAUUGGGAAGGGAAUUCCAAAUGGUAACACCUCUGACAAAAAAGGAAUUUCCGUAUUUAGUAGAAUGAUGUCUAGGAAGAAUGAAUUUUUGUGAACGGAAAUUUCUACAUGGUGUCAGUUUAGUGAAUAAAUAGCCAGGCUGCUCAGUUGUUACAAUGUUUUUAAUCAGAAUACAACAUCUCAGUUUAACAAAGUUUUCCAAUGAACACCCGAUUAGUACUGAUUGCAAAUGUGAAACAUGAUCAAAUCUACCCAAAUUAAAGACAUAUCUCACGCAAGAAUUGAGAGCGACUUUUAGUUUAUUAAUUGUACUCGAAGAAGCUUGCAUCAACAAGAAAUCACAAUUAAUGAAGAAAGGUAGAAUUAAGCUUUUGAAUAGUUUUAGUUUUAUAUUUGAUGAGAGAAAAUGUCCUGUUAGCCGUAGAGUUCUCAAUUUAGAGUAUAUUUUACCACAUUGUUGCAAGAUGUAACCAUCCCAUUCAAAAUUGCUUCUGAUAGUGAAUCCGAGACUAGUUGCUUUAUCUGCAUAAUUUAAUCGAUUUCCAUUAAUCGUGAGCAAUGGCAGCUCUUCGUGAUAAGGGCUUGAAGUAAUAAAUAAAGCCUAAGUUUUAGCAAUGUUAAUCGAUAGCAUAUUUCGUGAUGACCAUUCAAAAAUGCUAGAUAAAUCCUCAUUAACGCAUCUAGAAAUAGAUUCAUUAGAAAUGGUUGAACAAUCCAGGUAAAUUUGCACAUCAUCUGCGUAUAUAUGUAUUUUACAAUAUUUUAAAACAUUUGGUAGGUCAUUUAUAUACAAAGCGAAGAAGAUCGGCCCUAAUAUGGAUCCCUGUGGAACGCCUGAUUUGAUGGAUGCAAAACUAGAGAAACUGCCAUUGUUGAAUACACUUUGAAAUCUUUCAGUGAGAUAUGAAUAUACUAAUUGAGCUGCGUUAGGAGAAAACCCGAAAUUUCUUUGCAGUUUUUUGCAAAGCCUUGAAUGGUUUAUCGUAUCAAAAGCUUUUGAAAAAUCCAGUAAUACCAAAACAGUGGGUUUUCCUUUAUCUAAGACUAUACCAAUGUCAUCGAACACUUUCAUCAUCGCGGUCUUUGUGCUAUGUUUUGGUCGAUAGCCUGAUUGAAUAUCAGUUAAAAGAUUAUUAACAUUUAUGUACUCACAUAUUUGCUUUUUUGACAAAGAUUCAAAUGCUUUGGAAAGUACACAAAGAAUACUAAUCGGACGAAGAUUUUGAACAGAAUCCAAAUUGUUUUUCUUUUUUAUAGGAAUAAUUUUAGAUUGCUUCCAACAUUUUGGAAAUUGACAACUAUUUAUUAUUGCGUUAAAAAUAUGAGUUGUUUGUGAAACUAUGUAAGGCAUACACAUUUUUAUGAAUUUAAGUGGUAUGUUAUCUAACCCUACAGCGUCAGAUUUGAUAUCACAUAUCGCAUUGAUAACUUGGAACUCAUUUAUUUGAGUGAAAUUGAAUGCUGGCCACUCUUGUACAUGUGGCUGCGGUAUGAAACCGUCAUCACCUUCACUAAAACUUUCUGAGAAAAACUUAUUUAUUACAUCUGGUUCAAAACUAUUGCAGGACGUGGAUGACGAAGUAUUGAUUCCUAUAGUUUUAAGACGUUUCCAUAAUAUUUUUGGUGGUAGAUCAGUGUGAAUUCUUGCAGUGUAAAAUUGUUGCUUUGCUUUCCUAAUUAGUAGAUUUACUCUAUUCCGAAGCCUUUUGUACAAAGCAUGAUUAUUUUCAUCUGAGGUUAAUUUCCAUUGUUUAAAAGUAAGAUCGCGAUCAACAAUAGCUCUUGCGAUGUCCUUAUUGAACCAAGGAUUUGCUUUCUUGUUUUUAACUAUUGUUGCAAACGGUACAUAUUGGUCAUGAAGAUCACGAAUGGUGGAAUUGAACAAUUCUGUUAGCAAGUCAAUGUUUGUAAUACUGUAAAAACUUUCCCAAUCAACUGAUUCUAACGCAUCACGAAGCAUGCCUACAUUUACCCGAUCGUAGUUUCGAUAUUGAAAACUGUCUUGCAACAGUGUUGUUUCAAAAUUUAAAGAGGCGAAUAUCAUAUCGUGAUUCGAAAGUACAGGAAUGUCCGUUUGGUGAAAUUUCAAAACAUGCGAGGGAUCAUUGCACAGUAAUAAAUCCAGUUGAGAUGACCCAUUUCUGUGAUAAAAGGUUGGCUCAUUUCCUAUACUCAUGAAGCCAUGAGCAGUUAACACUUCCUGUAAUCUCACAGUUUUGCUAGCAUUUGUAUUCAAUAAAUUAGUGUUGAAAUCACCUAGAAGAUAAAUUGCAUCAUAAAAUGAACCAUAACGACAAAGCAUUGUGUUCACAACCUCAGAGCAAUCAAGUUCGGGAGGGAUAUAGAAAACUCCAAACAGCUUCGUACGAAAAUGUGGCAUACUAAUUUCGCAAAUAAUAAAUUCAGAAUUUGUUUCACCUAUCUCACAUUUUGAAAAUUCAAUAACAUUAAAAUUUAGAUUUUGUUUAACGUACAUUAAAACUCCACCACCUGUUCUACCUACUCGAUCAUUCCUAAUUAUUUUAUAUCCAUCUAUUGCUAUGAUAUUAUCAUCAAUGUGAUCAUUCAACCAAGUUUCACUUAUGCAAACAAUAUCAACAUUGGUCAUAAGAAUAAUUUGUUUGAAUUCAUGGAAUUUCGACAAUUUACGAGCACACAAACUUUGGCUAUUUACACAACACACUGACAGUUUCCCGGGAAUUAAGGCCGAUUUCAUUACUACUCCCGGAAUGCACCAAUUUGCAGAGGUGUUGCUAAUAGGAACAUUAUCCAUGAUCAAAAAUAUGUACAGAUGAGAUCAGAGCGGAAAAUGAUUUGAGCACUUUGUUUACCAUACCAACAAAAUAAAAAACUAUGUUCAUCUUCAUAUUCAUUCAUUGAUAGGAAAAAAAAACAAAUAACAAUUCAUUGAUAGUGACACAAAAUGCAAAAAUAACCGUUCGUAACAAAACA